CUCCAAUUGGUUGACUGCAUUGCGCCAGUGACCUCGUAUCAUGACCACAUGCCACGUGACCAUCGGAGUUGAGGACCAUCUCCGAGAGGUUUUGGAGAUUCAAAUAAUCGCCUGCGGAUCGGUUUGGAUGGGAGGAGACCUCAGACAAAAAUCAUGAUGCUAAGAGGACCUACACUGCGGACGAGGCUAUUCUUUCGACCCACGAGUCUGUCUCGCGCAGUGUCGUCGUUGGCACCACCGCUAAUUCGCAUUCAAGACGGAACCUUCUAUCAGAACUAUCCUACGCAAGACGAUGCCGCCAAUAAACAGAACCCACCUCUCUUUCCGAACCUCAGUUUCGUUCUACAGUCCGAGCAGGCAGCUCCCACGGAGACCUCUGAAAAGAUAAAAGACGAACCGCACCAACACUGGGCCGUGAUCGGUACGAAGGGGAGAACCGAACUGCUCGAUAUUCUCCGCGGCCAGUAUAUCUGUGUUCCACCAACGGCUCGUUCCUACCCCUACCUCCUCACAGACAAACUCGCGAAGAAGGAUCCUCGGCUACGAUUUGUCGGCAAUGCGAUUCAAUACAUUGGCUUUAGUGGCGAAGGAUCAGAGGCUACUGGUGGUACUCGCGGGGCUUACUUGAGCGCUCGCUACGAGAGUCACAGGGAAGAGACGGACUGGACGGUGCUCCAAUACCUGAAGGGUCAGACCUCUCUGAAUCCUCUAGAAGGAGAGGAAGGCGGAAAAAUAAAAAAUGAGGAGCUAUUGAAUCAGGUUAUCUCUGAUUUGCGUUUGGGAGAACUCCUGGAUAUGCCCGUUGCAAACCUGAGCAAUGGCCAGACAAGACGUGCGCGGGUCGCAAAGGCACUACUCAGGAAACCAGAACUGCUGUUGCUAGAUGACCCUUUUAUGGGCCUUGACCCCGCUACUGUUAGAAGCAUCUCUGGGCUCUUUCAGCGCCUCGCAGACAAGUCCGAUCCCAGAUUAAUCCUUGCGCUACGACCACAGGAUACGGUCCCAGAUUGGAUCACACAUAUCGUCGUUCUCGGUAAUAGCAACAAGAUCUUGUUUCAGGGCCCGCGUGCCGAAGCGCAAAAGGUGUUUGAUGUUUGGGUACAUACCGUCCUCGGGCGGGACGAUUCGCAGCUCAAUGAGGAGCAGAUGGUGAUAUGCCGUAAUGCAAAAAGCGCCAUGGAGGCUGGACAGCUAGACCGCCAGCUGCUUUGGGAUCUCCGGUUACUAUCUACAAGGACUCGUGAUGUAGCCCUAAGUGCUCGCAAGGGAGGGGAGCCGCUCAUUGAAAUGGAGGGCGUCCGCGUGAAGUACGGCGAGAAGACCGUAUUGGGCGGAUGGAAACAGAAAGUCAACAACGAAGAAAAGGAAGGUCUCCACUGGACCGUCCGUCGCGGUCAACGGUGGGUAAUCCUGGGCGCCAACGGAUCAGGCAAGACAACACUCCUCUCCCUGAUCACCUCCGACCACCCUCAAGCAUAUGCCUUGCCGAUGAAGCUCUUCGGCCGUUCCCGUCUACCCGAGGCCGGGUCACCAGGCAUCUCCAUCUUCGAGCUCCAAUCCCGCAUAGGCCACUCCUCCCCUGAAAUCCACGCCUUCUUCCCACGCCAGCUCACCAUCCGCCAAGCCGUGGAAUCAGCCUUCGCCGAGACCUUCCUCUCCAAACCCAAGCUAAACCACGACCGCGACCUCGACGUUAGCGCCGUCCUCCGCUUCUUCAAGGCCGAACUCGACCCCAACGCCGCAGUCACCAUGAACGAGCAACGCCCCCUCCUCGGCGCAGACAUCCGCAAACACUUCCCCAAAAUCGCCCACGCCAAGGGCCCCAAACCCGCCUUCUACCCGCUCGACUAUGACGUCGAAUACGCCGACAUUACCCACUUCAGUGCCCUCAGCACCGCCCAGCAGCGCCUCGUCCUCUUCAUCCGCGCCAUCGUCAGCAAACCCGACAUCGUCAUCCUCGACGAAGCCUUCUCCGGCAUGUCCGCAUCCAUGCGCGACAAAUGCAUCCACUUCCUCGAAGCAGGCGAGUUCUCUCGCAACCGCCCCUCCACCGUCAUGCGCCGCUCCACCAACAAGGAGACCUGGCUGAAGGGCUUCAACCCUGACGAAACCGCCAUGCGUCACACCGGCCUGUCCGAUGACCAGGCCCUCAUCAUGAUCAGCCAUAACCGGGAGGAAAUCCCCGACAGUGUGCGCUUUUACAUGCGUCUGCCAUCCGAGGAUGUGGACGGGUCUGAGCCGCUGGAUUUCCGGUUCGGGAUUGUCAAGUAUACAAGCACGUUGAAUGAUCCCGAGGUCUGGGAGAAGGCGUGGUUGCCGCCGUCGGAGUUUCAGAGUCGGUUUGUGAAGUCGUGGCGGGGGAAACCUGAUGAGUCGCCUGAGGCUGCGGCUGAUGAGGACGAUCGGAUUUAUGAGUGGUAUACUCUUGGGUAGAUUGUAUAUUAAUUAAGGAGGUUAGAUUAGAAGUAGAGGGUUAUAUGUGGGAGUGUAUAUAAGCUAGAGCCGAAUCGAUCGCAACUUAACUUUA